CGGCGCCCCAGGCUGGGUCUCUAGUGGGGCGCCGGCUCCGACUGUGCUGCAGUACCCACGGGCUCUGCUUGGGUCGGACCGGACCAUGAACCGGUGCGCCGAGGCGGCGGCGGUAGCGGCCACCGUGCCGGGUGCUGGGGUCGCGGGGCUGCGUCCAGCCAUGGUGCCCCGCCAGGCGUCCUUCUUCCCGCCGCCCGUGCCCAACCCCUUCGUGCAGCAGACGCGGAUAGGCGCGGCGAGGGGCGUCCAGAUUUUUAUUCUUGGCAUUAUCCUGCUUCCAAUUCGUGCCUUACUGGUGGGAUUAAUUAUAUUACUGGCAUGGCCAUUUGCUGCAGUUGCAACCGUCUGCUGCCCUGACAAGCUGACCCAUCCUGUGACCGAUUGGAGGAGGAAAAUUACUCACCCGGCUUUGAAGCUUCUGGGUCAUGCCAUGUUCUUCACAAUGGGAUUUAUAGUUACUGUGAAAGGAAAGAUUGCAAGUCCGUUGGAAGCACCCAUUUUUGUUGCAGCCCCUCAUUCCACAUUCUUUGAUGGAAUAGCUUGUGUUGUAGCAGGAUUACCGUCUAUGGUGUCUCGAAAUGAAAAUGCACAGACCCCUCUGAUUGGCAGGCUCUUACGAGCUCUGCAGCCAGUGUUGGUAUCCCGUGUGGAUCCGGAUUCCAGGAAGAACACGAUCAAUGAAAUAAGGAAGCGGGCAACAUCAGAAGGGCAGUGGCCCCAGAUACUAGUUUUCCCAGAAGGCACUUGUACUAAUCGUUCCUGUUUGAUUACUUUUAAACCAGGCGCCUUCAUUCCUGGAGUUCCAGUGCAGCCAGUCCUCCUCAGAUACCCAAACAAACUGGAUACUGUGACCUGGACAUGGCAAGGAUACACAUUUUUGCAGCUGUGCGUACUGACUUUCUGCCAGCCGUUCACAAAGGUAGAAGUUGAGUUUAUGCCUGUGCAAGUACCAAGCGAUGAGGAAAAAAAUGAUCCUGUUCUUUUCGCCAGUAGAGUUCGGAAUUUAAUGGCUGAAGCCCUGGGAGUACCAGUCACAGACCACACCUAUGAAGACUGCAGAUUAAUGAUUUCAGCCGGACAGCUGACACUGCCCAUGGAAGCUGGGCUGGUGGAAUUCACCAAAAUCAGCCGAAAAUUGAAAUUGGAUUGGGAUGGUAUUCGCAAGCACUUGGAUGAAUACGCAUCUAUUGCAAGUUCCUCAAAAGGAGGAAGAAUUGGAAUUGAAGAAUUUGCAGAAUAUUUAAAGUUGCCCAUUUCAGAUGUCUUAAGACAACUUUUUGCACUCUUUGACAGGAACAACGAUGGCAGCAUCGAUUUCCGCGAGUAUGUGAUCGGCCUGGCUGUCUUGUGCAACCCUGCCAACACGGAGGAGAUCAUCCAGGUGGCCUUCAAGCUCUUUGAUGUUGAUGAGGAUGGCUCCAUAACGGAGGAAGAAUUCACCACCAUCCUUCAGGCUUCCCUUGGAGUGCCUGAUCUGGAUGUUUCUGGUCUCUUCAAGGAAAUUGCCAAUGGGGAUUCUAUUUCCUAUGAGGAAUUUAAAAGUUUUGCUCUGAAGCACCCAGAAUAUGCUAAGAUAUUCACAAGCUACCUGGACCUUCAGACAUGCCAUGUGUUUUCAUUACCAAAAGAAGUCCAGACUGCUCCCCCUGGGGCGGGUAAUAAAGUCAGUCCUGAAAACCAUGAUGAGAGUAUGUCAGACAAGAAGGAGGACUGAGUGCAGUAUUCCUUGGGAGUUUUCCUGGAAACAGUGAUUUUCCUGGAAACCAUGAAGACAUUUAUUGGUAGUAUUUUUACUGUGCUUACUGAAUAAAGAUGGUUAACAUGGAAAUGCUUUAUAGAAAAAAACCAUAAACUUUCUUACCAAAGAUGUUUUUCUAUUAAUGUGCAUAUAUUGAGUAAUAUUCCUUUUUUAUGUGUUACAUUGUACUUUACUGAUUAGUGGAUUGGUGAUAAAUAUUGUGUAUUUUGUGAGUUUUCAAGUUGAAUUUCCCUAUCUGAACGAAUAUAAAGGUUUUAUGGUUGGUGAGCAGUAAGCCUGGAAGUUUAAAAACAGAAUUUUGUUUUUAACCUACUGUCCUCAAAAACAGUAAUAUUCUGUUAUCUCUAAUGUCUCCCCUUUCUAGAAAUAAGGAUGAAGAUUCUGAACAGUAUUUCAGAACUUUUAUACCUUUCACUUCACAGAGUCACUUGUCGCUUUUAAUUUCAGUUUCUGGGAUCAAUAAUUAUGGAAAGGCAAGAGCUCUGUUAAUGAGCUGGGUUUCUUCAAAACCCUUAUUCUGAUAUGCACCCCUAGUGUUGAUGGUUUUAACCACCUGCUGAGGAAGUCAUAGCCUUUCACAUAAGCUAAAGUUUCUGAAUUUUGUUUUAAGGACAGCUGCUCUGGCCAGAGGCUAAAUGGGAAUUGCCUUAUUGAAGGUAACAUUCAUUGCCUAAUGAGAAAAUGAAUUGUUUGCCACAGAAUUGAAUCUAAUUU